GCGCGGCGCGCGGUGCGGGACGGCGCGGGACGGCGCGGGACGCCUGAUGGACCGUGGCGGCCGGAGGUUAGGCCGUUUUCGGGCUCGAUGAAGCGGCGGGACGCGCUGGUCGUGGCCAGGCCCCCGGCGCUGCAACGUGACCGGACGGAGAGUGGAACUCCGCAGACUCGAGCUGUGCUUGCGGACGCUUGUCUCUCAGCAGCGCUGAAGAUAUAGAAGGUGACAAUGGAGAUCAGUGGUCUCCCACUGGAGCUGUGGCGCCUGAUCCUUGCAUAUUUGCCUCUCCCAGAUCUGGGUCGCUGCUGUGUGGUGUGCAGGGCUUGGUACGAACUGGUAAUCAGUCUGGAUAAUACUCGAUGGAGGCAGCUGUGUCUUGGAUGCAAUGAUUGCAAACACCCAAACUGGCCAAAUCAACCUGACGUUGAACCACAUUCUUGGAGGGAAGCAUUUAGGCAACAUCACUUAGCUUCUAAAAUUUGGACCAAAAAUGCCCAGGAUGUGGAAUCUUCUAACUGUUUGCAUUUAUUUCGGCGGAAGAAGGAUAGAAAAACUAUUUUUGUUGGUCCAACAAGUGAGCAUCUGAACCUCAGGAGUGCCUUGUCUGUUGCCAACGUGUAUGAUAAGAUUCUUGUUUGCCCUGGUGUCUAUGAAGAGCAGAAUGAGGUGAUUUUAAAGGUCCCUGUAGAAAUAAUUGGACUUGGAAAGCUAGGGGAUGUGGCACUCCUUGUGAGCUUUGAUCAACACUGUCCAACAGCACGGUUGUGCAAUUUGGUCCUCAUGCCUGCGUGGUUCACACCUGUUGUGUACAAGACAUUUUCCGGCCACGUCCAACUUGAUAACUGCAAUGUAGAGAAUGGGCAGCUACAUAUCCAUGCACCCGGGACCUGCCAGGUGAAGUUUUGUACUUUUAGCCAGUCCAGCAUCAAUUUCCACAAUGUAGCCCUUAGCAUAAUUGAAAACUCGGAGUUCAUUGGGAGUGAGAGUACAUCGGUGAGUGUGGCAGGUCCUGGUGCAACUGACAGAAAUUGGGCCUGCAAACACUUGGCAGUGGCUGCCAAAUCCAAAUCUGUUUUGAAUUCGCCAGGCCAGGCUCAAUCAGCUACUUGUAACUCCAGAAAUCAUUGUCAGAAUCCACCAAGCAACUUUGAAACUUUUCAAUCCAACGAGAACGUGACUGGUUUACAGCAGACCUCCACUCAAAAUUUCCAGAUGUCCUACACAAAAGAUGGUCAUUACAACAGGGAAAGAUGUAUUCUGAAAGGAAAUCAUUGUGAUGGGGAGGUGGUAACCAUGGACACUGAUUACAGUGACAGUGAAAUGAGCACAAGCAGCGAGAAUGAAGAUGAGGAGCAAUCUGUGUAUAAACUUUCUUACCAGUCCCACGGCCUGAGUCGCUUGUUGUCAAGGACUAAUCCACCCAGACUUCAGAAGAAGGGAACGGAUCUUCUGCAAAUGGAUUUGGAGUUGAAAACUCUGCAGAAGGAGUUGCAGAAGGAUAAAGAGGCGCAGAUUCUUGCCAGCACCCUGCAGGGCUGUUUAAUCCGAAAGUGCCUUUUUCGGGAUGGAAAGGGUGGAGUGUUUAUUUGUAGUCAAGGGCAAGCUAGACUGGAAUGCAACAUCUUCAGAAACCUCAGCUACGCUGUGCGGGGCAUCCAAAAUGCUAAGAUUAUAAUGAUAAAGAAUGAAAUUAGUCAAUGCAAAGCAUCGGGAAUCUUUUUACGACUGGAGGCAGGAGGUCUAAUCGCAGACAACAACAUCCAUUCCAAUUCAGAGGCUGGCAUUGAUAUCCGGAAGGGAGCUAAUCCAUUGAUAUUGUGCAACCAGAUACACAGUGGCCAUCGUUCAGGAAUUGUUGUGCUUGGGAAUGGAAAAGGCAUUAUUCGCAGUAAUCGUAUCUAUGGAAAUAAAGAAGCUGGGAUCUACAUUUUGUAUAAUGGAAACCCAGUGGUAAGUGGAAAUCACAUCUAUCAAGGACUUGCUGCAGGUGUUGCAGUGAAUGAAAAUGGAAGGGGCCAAAUAUUAGAAAAUAUUAUACGUGAAAAUCACUGGGGAGGUGCAGAUAUUCGACGAGGAGGAGAUCCUAUUCUGAGAAACAAUCUCAUCUGCUAUGGUUAUUCUGAUGGCGUUGUUGUGGGUGAACGAGGGAAAGGAUUGAUCGAAGGGAACAACAUAUAUGGUAAUAAGGGUUGCGGUGUGUGGGUUAUGUCCUCUAGUCUCCCACACAUUGCUAAUAACCAGAUCAGCAGCAACAACAUCUAUGGAGUGGCUGUCUUCUGUCGUAAGGAUGACACAAACGACUACCUCAGUGACCAAGGAGGCAAUGAGAAUUUCAGUGAUGAAUGGGAGAUUGUCAAUUGGGAAAAUGACUUUGACAGUGAUGAGGAGCGAUACACCUCGCACAAGCCAAUCACUGUAGCACUAAUUGAAUUUAACAACAUCAAUCACAAUGGCGCUGCUGGUAUCUAUAUAAAAAGCAAUGAGACACUCAACAUUAUAGCCAACGCAAUCCAUGCCAAUCAUGACAAUGGGAUUGCAGUAUAUCAGAGCAGUCAGUUCACCCACAUCACAAACAACAGCAUCACCUGUAACAGCAUAGGUGGCAUUCUUGUAGAAGCAGGAUGCAAAGUUGAACUUCGGGGUAACGGUAUCUAUGACAACAACAGCCAUGGUGUUACCUCGAAGGGAGAAGGUGCUAUCUUGGAGAAUGACAUUCUGGGAAACCAUGGCUAUGGGCUACAGCUACUCGAAAGUGCAGAUAUGAAGGUGACAAAGAACAGAAUCCAAUCUCUUCACGACUUUGGGAUUGCAAUCUUGGACCAGGCUAAAGGAUUGGUGCAAGAAAAUCAAAUAUUCCGGGGAAAAUUAGGAAAGACCAUUUUAGAAAAAUCUGAAAAUUCAGAGGAAUGUACUGUCCAGAGCAAUGAAGUUUUAACAUGUAGCAAAAGUUCUUGCAGAUCAGGCAUAGUUUGGAAGUUGGACAAUCCUCCAUCAAGGCCGCUUGUCGAUGGAUCAAAUCGACCCUUCUCUAUAGUACAGACCAGUCAGCGAGUUGCAUCCAUGACAACUCGAAUAGCUGCAAGAGUUGAAAGGGGUUGCCAUGACAAUGGAAGCAUCUUCUGUUGCAUUCUUUAAUGAUUUAAAGUUACCUUUGAUAUAAAAUUAGCCUCAAUAUGUCUCACACACUUUCAGUAAUGAACAAAGCUUGUGCGCACUUUUUAUUAAUUCAGUACCUAGAUCAUAAGGCAUAAGAGCAGAAUUAGGCCAUUCAACCCAUCGAGUCUGCUCUGCCAUUCCAUCAUGGCUGAUUCUGGGUCCCACUCAACCCCAUACUCCUGUCUUCUUGCCAUAUCCUUUGAAGCCCUGUCCGAUCAGGAACCAACCAGCUUCCACCUUAAACAUACCCACGGACUUGACCUCCACCGCAGUCUGUGGCAGAGCAUUUCACAGAUUCACUACUCUCCGGUUUUAAAAAAAAGUCCUCCUUACCUCUGUUCUAAAGGGUCGCCCCUCAAUUUUGAGGUUGUGCCCUCUAGUUGUGGAUACUCCCGCGAUAGGAAACAUCCUCUCCACAUCCACCCUGUCUAGUCCUUUCAACAUUGCGUAGGUUUCAUUGAGAUCCCCCCACAUUCUUCUAAAUUCCAGUGAGUACAGACCCAAAGCUGCUAAACUUCAUUGGUGACCUUGGAUAGAAUAUAAUCAAAUGAACAAAAAGCAUAAAGGGUGGUAAUCUCAGGAUUGCUACCUGUGCUAGGUGCCAGUGAGGGUAGGAAUAGGAUUCUCUGGAGGAGCAACAAGUGGCUGAGGAACUGGUGUAGGGGGCAGGGUUUCAGAUUUCAGGAUCAUUAGGACCUCUUCUGGGGCAGGUGGGACCUGUACAAGAGAGACGGGUUACACUUGAACCACAGGGGGACCAAUAUCCUUUCAGGGAGGUUUGUUAAUGCUGUUGGGGAGGCUUUAAACUAGAUUUGCAGGGGGAUGGGAACCAGAGUGCCAGAGCUGACAGUGUGGCUGGGGUGAAAAUAAAUGAUGUUGAAGGUUUAAGCAAAUCCGCUGAUAGAAAGGUUGUGAGUGGUGGUAAAAAUCUUCUGAGGUGUAUAUAUUUCAAUGCUUGGAGUAUUGCGGGGAAGGCAGAUGAGUUGAGGGCGUGGAUUGACACGUGGAAUUAUGAUGUUGUAGCAAUUAGUGAAACUUGGCUACAGGAGGGGCAGGACUGGCAGCUUAAUAUUCCAGGGUUCCGAUGUUUCAGAUGUGAUCGAAGCAGAGGAAUGAAAGGUGGGAGAGUAGCAUUGCUUGUUAGGGAAAAUAUUACAGCAGUGCUCAGGCAGGACAGAUUAGAGGGCUUGUCUACUGAGUCCUUAUGGGUGGAGCUGAGAAACAGGAAAGGUAUGGCCACAUUAGUGGGAUUGUAUUACAGACCACCCAAUAGUCAACGAGACUUGGAAGAGCAAAUCUGCAGAGAGAUAGCAGGCAACUGCAGGAAACAUAAAGUUGUGGUGGUAGGGGAUUUUAAUUUUCCAUACAUUGAUUGGGACUCCCAUACUGUUAGGGGUCUAGAUGGUUUAGAGUUUGUAAAAUGUGUUCAGGAAAGUUUUCUAAAUCAAUAUAUAGAGGGACCAACUAGAGGGGAUGCAAUAUUGGAUCUCCCGUUAGGUAACGAAUUAGGGCAAGCGAUGGACGUCUGUGUAGGGGAGCACUUUGGUUCCAGUGAUCAUAACACCAUUCGUUUCAAUUUGAUCAUGGACAAGGAUAGAUCUGGUCCUACGGUUGAGGUUCUGAACUGGAAGAAGGCCAAAUUUGAAGAAAUGAGAAAGGAUCUAAAAAGUGUGGAUUGGGACAGGUUGUUCUCUGGCAAAGAUGUGAUUGGUAGGUGGGAAGCCUUCAAAGGGGAAAUUUUGAGAGUGCAGAGUUUGUAUGAUCCUGUCAGGAUUAAAGGCAAAUUGAAUAGGAAUAAGGAACCUUGGUUCUCAAGGGAUAUUGCAACUCUGAUAAAGAAGAAGAGGGAGUUGUAUGAAAUGUAUAGGAAACAGGGGGUAAUAGGAAAUCAGGUGCUUGAGGAGUAUAAGAAGUGCAAGAAAUCAGGAGGGCUAAAAGAAGACAUGAGAUUGCCUUGGCAGUCAAAGUGAAGGAUAAUCCAAAGAGCUUUUACAAAUAUAUUAAGAGCAAAAGGAUUGUAAGGGAUAAAAUUAGUCCUCUUGAAGAUCAGAGUGGUCGGCUUUGUGCGGAACCAAAGGAAAUGGGGGAGAUCUUAAAUAGGUUUUUUGCAUCUGUAUUUACUAAGGAAGCUGGCAUGAAAUCUAUGGAAUUGAGGGAAUCAAGUAGUGAGACCAUGGAAACUGUACAGAUUAAAAAGGAGGAGGUGCUUGCUGUUUUGAGGAAAAUUAAAGUGGAUAAAUCCCCGGGACCUGACAGAGUGUUCCCUCGGACCUUGAAGGAGACUAGUGUUGAAAUUGCGGGGGCCCUGGCAGAAAUAUUUAAAAUGUCGCUGUCUACGGGUGAAGUGCUGGAGGAUUGGAGAGUGGCUCAUGUUGUUCCCUUGUUUAAAAAAGGAUCGAAAAGUAAUCCGGGAAAUUAUAGGCAGGUGAGUUUAACGUCAGUAGUAGGUAAGUUAUUGGAGGGAGUACUAAGAGACAGAAUCUACAAGCAUUUGGAUAGACAGGGGCUUAUUAGGGAGAGUCAACAUGGCUUUGUGCGUGGUAGGUCAUGUUUGACCAAUUUGUUGGAGUUUUUCAAGGAGGUUACCAGGAAAGUGGAUGAAGGGAAGGCAGUGGAUAUUGUCUACAUGGACUUCAGUAAGGCCUUUGACAAGGUCCCGCAUGGGAGGUUAGUUAGGAAAAUUCAGUCGCUAGGUAUACAUGGAGAGGUGGUAAAUUGGAUUAGACAUUGGCUCGAUGGAAGAAGCCAGAGAGUGGUGGUAGAGAAUUGCUUCUCUGAGUGGAGGCCUGUGAUUAGUGGUGUGCCACAGGGAUCAGUGCUGGGUCCAUUGUUAAAAAUUUGUCAUCUAUAUCAAUGAUCUGGAUGAUAAUGUGGUAAAUUGGAUCAGCAAGUUUGCUGAUGAUACAAAGAUUGGAGGUGUAGUAGACAGUGAGGAAGGUUUUCAGAGCCUGCAGAGGGACUUGGACCAGCUGGAAAAAUGGGCUGAAAAAUGGCAGAUGGAGUUUAAUACUGACAAGUGUGAGGUAUUGCACGUUGGAAGGACAAACCAAGGGUAGAACAUACAGGGUUAAUGGUAAGGCACUGAGGAGUGCAGUGGAACAGAGGGAUCUGGGAAUACAGAUACAAAAUUCCCUAAAAGUGUCGUCACAGGUAGAUAGGGUCGUAAAGAGAGCUUUUGGUACAUUGGCCUUUAUUAAUCGAAGUAUUGAGUAUAAGAGCUGGAAUGUUAUGAUGAGGUUGUAUAAGGCAUUGGUGAGGCCGAAUCUGGAGUAUUGUGUUCAGUUUUGGUCACCACAUUACAGGAAGGAUAUAAAUAAGGUUGAAAGAGUGCAGAGAAGGUUUACAAGGAUGUUGCCGGGACUUGAGAAACUCAGUU